AUGUCUGGCUCUGUGAUUCGUGCUCAAAGAUGGCAGGUUGACGGUGAAGAACAGUAUUUGGCGGUAAAUCCAAAUGGGGAGAUCGUGUCCCUUUAUCAGACAGACCGACAUGCCACCAAUGAAGAAGACAACAUUGUGAAAAUAACAGAGAGAACUGAUUUUGAUAACAUACAGUGCAUAAAUUACUCUGAUGCUACUCCAGGUUUGGCAGCUGUAGGACAGUUUGACGGUAGAAGCUUCCUUAUAGACAUCAGAGACUCAUCUGUCGAGCCGAUUGUUCUCAAACCACUGCAGCCGAGAUCCUGCAACUCUGUCUCGUUUAAUGAGAAUGGACUGAUUGCAUUGGGCUAUGACAGAGGACGACAAGAUCACUCCAUUCACGUCUGGGAUAUUAAUAGUUUACAAAGAGGUGACUUCAGGGGCAAAACCAGCAAAAUUUUCAGUUGUAUCACCAACGAAAGUAUAUCAUCGCUUUCAUUUUGUCCUACUGAACCGAAAAACUUUGUCACAGGAAGUUACAAGCUUCUCAGAGAGUAUGAUGUCAGAAGCAAUCAGCCAACGUAUCAGAUUGCAACCCGAUGCACAUUGAACAUAAGCGUUAAUCCAUUCAGCCCUUUCAUGUUUGCGUCCAACAGUGAAGACGGUUCCCUUGCGAUUUGGGAUCGUCGGAAACUUACAGAAUCAUUCCAGAUGAACAGUGCAUAUCAGAAUACAAACGUGUCAAAUGAGGGCCCCGUUCUUUUGUUUAGCAAAUUGUUGAAUGAUUAUCAGAGAAGGACCAAUGGCUCUCCGUAUCGGUUUUCUUCCGUCCAGAGAGGCGAAAUUGGUGCAUUAUUUGAUGGUGAUUUGGUGAGAAGAUGGCAAGUGGCCAAUGUUCCUCCACUUGAGUCAGAGGUAUACCAAUAUGAACAAAUGGUGAAGCUGAAUAAAAAGGAGAAUCCAAACUUUGUACCAAAGGUCGCUAGACCGACAGGGUCCAUGUUUAUUUCAAAAGUGCAUGACACUAAGACGAAAUACGAGAGGGUUAUCUCCUUUGAUUACGCCCCGUCCGCAAAUGCAGCAUAUGGCAUAGAGCUAGUUUGCAUGCGGCAGUCUGGUAGUAUAUAUAAGAUGAAAGUUGUUGACAGCCAGAACAGUAUUGCUUUCAGCUCGUACAAUGAUAUCACAUUCUGUGGAUCAAGUGGCGUUUUCAGCAAAUUUGCAAUAGAUGAAGUUAACGAUACAAUGCAUAAUAAAAUCGAAAAAAUAGAUGACAAGCUGGCGGCCCUUUCGCUGUCCAAACGAACUACUCAAGAUGAUAAUGAGGAUGAGGGGUUGGGCAAUUCACAAGAAUUCGAUGAUAGCAAGGAGGCUACAGAUGGGAAGAAAAAGGCUGCAAAUGGGGAAAACGGGUACAUGGCUGAUGCAGAGGCAAUGGCUUUGAUAUCGGACUCAUUGUUGGAGAAUGAUAUAUGCUCCACGAUAAGAAGGAGAGCUUCGAGAGGGUAUGGGACCAGCUGUAAAAAUAACAUGGAGACCUUGUCUUCCAUGAAUACAUACGAGACGCAAUUGCACUUAAACAAUGCAUGGAAAUGGAUAGACAUUUCAUAUGAUUUAAUUACUGCGGGCAAGAUGAACUUCGGCGACUUUGAUUUUGGUUAUCUAGGAGUGCUUGGGAUUUGGAACAUGAACAAAGAUUUUAUGACGUUCAAUAGGUACACUGGAUUUGAGAAUAUCACCGAGAAGGAUAUCAUGAAUGCUGCGAAGGGGAUUGUAGACCGAAGGGCUAGAGAAUGCAGUCUACUUGCGAAGCCGGUAAUUGGGUUCCAAGGACAGAGCUCAAAAGAGGUCCAGAGACGUUUGGCCAUGUACGUCAUUGGAUGGGACUUUGGGGUAAGAGAAUUGGAGGAAAAGUACAUCAACUUGGUGGCCAACGGCAACUACGAAAGGGCUGCUGGCUGGGCUGUUUUCCACGGAGACGUGAACCGUGCAAUCAGCAUUUUGGGCGAAUCGAACAACGAGAACUACCGGAUCAUGUCUACUGCGAUAGCUGCGUAUUCUGCCUUCAAGGACUCCACCACGAACAAUACGUGGAAGGAUAGGUGCAGGCAGUUGGCGUCUGAUUUGGAAGACCCUUACUUGCGGAUAAUCUUUGCGUACAUUGCCGACGGGAACUGGUGGGACGUUCUUGACGAGUCUGCGUUGCCAUUGCGAGAGAGACUUGGCGUGGCGUUGCGGUUCCUUCCCGAUUCAGAGUUGGAGAUCUACUUGAACCGGCUGGCGGACACGAUGAUCGAGCGGGGCGAUGUGGAGGGGAUCAUCUUGACGGGGAUCACGAUGAAGGGCAUCAACCUCCUCCAGUCGUUUGUCGACCGCAACAACGACAUUCAGACGGCGUGUUUGAUUGCGUCGUUUGCGAGCCCGAAGUACUUCACCGACGAGCGGGUCGAACGCUGGGUCGAUAGCUACCGCACGUUGCUCAACAGCUGGAGCUUGUUCUCUGCACGGGCGAAGUUUGACAUUGCGAGGGCGAAGCUCUCCAGGAAGAGCAACGAACAGAGCCCCUCGGGCAACUUCGUGCCGAGACAGCUCUAUCUCCAGUGCACGAACUGCCACAAGUCGAUAACAAAGGACACUGUCUCCAGCAGCGGCAGCGGCAGCGGCAGCACCCACGGCGCCAACGCCAACGACAAGAAGACCCGGAAGGACACCAACAACCAUUCGUGCCAGCACUGCGGCUUCCCGCUCCCCCGCUGUGCCAUCUGCCUCAUCACACAGGGCGUCCCCGUGCCAAAGGAGGACAAGCUGAAUGACAUCUUGAAGAAGAUCGACCGGGAGAAGAAGUUGGCAGAGGGAGCCACCAACGUGCGGAAGAAGACCAACAACCCGUCCGUUAUCCAGAAAUGCAACACGCAGGUGAGAGAAGCACAGAAAAACAUAGAGUACCUCGAGUCGAUCCUGAAGAAGUUGCAGAUCUCGAACGCCUCCUCCACUAGCGACGCCGGCAGCAACAACCCGAACACAUCCAAUGCCAAGUCGUACAACCAGGUCAGACAGAGGCCGCUCUUCACGGCGUUGGACCUCCUCAAGUACGAUUGCCCGUCCUUGGGCCACAAAAUCCAGUACAUGAUGCAGUUGUUGGAAUUCAAGAUCCAGGUCGAAACACAGUACAGGGAAGCAAACGAGAAGAUGUACAACCUCUACCAGGUCGAAGGUGACCGGUCCAGCAUUGCCAUGGCCGAGCGGGGCCGGUCCGAAAGCGAUCGAAAAUUGCAGCUCAUGAAGAGAGCUAUGAAGGAGUACCAGUCGAUGUACAUCGACUUUGACGAUAUUUCCAGGGAAAAUGCCAUGAUCAACACUGUCAGGAAGAACCCGCUAUCCGGCGUCUUGUUCAUCCAGAUCCAGGCAAUCAAAAACGUAGAUCACAUCCAAUCGCCGCUUUUUUCCAGGAACCCAGAAUGCAUAAUCAGUAUUAAAAUAGAUGACAACGAGAGAGCCAGGACCAAGGGAUCAAGAAACGAUAGAUGGGCCGACUUUUUCGACAUCAAUGUCGAAAAGGCCAACGAGCUGUCCUUGACAGUGUACGACAAGAUAAACGACCAGUUGAUUCCCGUCGGCCUUUUCUGGCUUUCCUUAUCUGAUGUUGCAGAAGAGAUCCGUAGAAAGAAGGUCAAACAGGAGAGGGUCACAUCCGAACAGUGGAUCAAUGGCUCUAACAUCUCAGAUGACAGUACAGGGAACCAGUCGUCGAGCACACUGCUCAAUUCUGUUCCCGACCUAUCUUCAAAAGCCUCCUCGGUGCAAAAGCUUCCUUUGGCAACAAGUACAAGUGAUUCUCCCUCUUCAGCUUCAACCUUCUCAGCGAUCAGAUCGACUGGUUGGUAUGGAAUAGAACCGACUGGUGAAAUAUUACUAACGCUGGGUUUUGUUAAAACCAAUGAAAGUAAAAACAGGACAGACCAUAACAAUUUCACAAGCGGCUUAGGACGUCAUGGUGCAAUCCGUCAAAGGAAAGAAGAAGUUGUGGAAUCUCAGGGACAUAGGUUUGUGCAGAAACAAUUUUACAACAUCAUGUCGUGUGCUGUUUGUAACGAGUUCUUGAGGUACACAGGCUUCCAAUGUGAAGACUGUUUGUUCUUAUGCCACCAAAAGUGUAUCAAAAACAUCAUUGCCAAAUGUAUAUCUAAAUCAAGUUCUGAUAUCAGCUCGGAAGACACAAAAUUGAACCAUAGAAUCCCACACAGAUUUAGUCCGGUUACAAAUCGUGGUGCAAAAUGGUGUUGCCAUUGUGGUUAUCUUUUACCAUUUGGUAAGAAGAAUGUUCGCAAGUGUGAAGAAUGUGGUACCAUGUGCCAUGCUAACUGUAUGCACUAUGUUCCAGAUCUCUGUGGUAUCUCACCAAAAACUAUAGAAAAAAUUCUGGAGGCUUUAAGAGCAAGUCAACAGAAAACUAGCAAAAGGAAGUCUUUGCCAAAGACCACCUCUGGAGCAGCCACAUUGCUGAAUCUGUCGUUAGGCAACGAUGCUCAAAAUAAUAGUAACAGCCACAACAACUACAUUAGAAGCCUUGAUAAUAAUGAUAAACCAGAUGAUUAUUUCUAUCAGGAUAAUGAUCACAAGGUAGAUAAUACAGCAGAUACUAGCACAAUGAGUGUCGAAAAUCAUAACAAGCUGUUGGAACCUACGAAUAAAACACAACCGAUAAUCACCCCGCCAACUGACAACCUAUAUCCGGCAAGAGCGGUCACCAGAAAUAGUUUGGAAGAAGCGAAUGAUAGAGAAACGAGCAAUAACACUUUCACCAGAGAAGAGAUUCAGGAUAGUUACAUAACGACUGAUAGCAACUUGCCUGAAGCUAAUGCUGACUCUUCAGAACUCGAAAUCAGACACAGUGUUAAAAUCCCUAAAUACCCACAAGAGGGCUCCAAAAGUGCUCCUGAAGAUAUGACACUUGCUGACUCGACAAAACGCCGCCACCGUAAAAGAUACGGCUUGGAUGAUUACAGAUUUCUAUCUGUCUUGGGUAAGGGUAACUUUGGUAAAGUCAUGCUUGCAGAAUAUGUCAACAAUAACCAACUCUGUGCUAUCAAAGUAUUAAAAAAGAAUUUCAUUGUUGAAAACGAUGAAGUUGAGAGUACGAAAUCUGAAAAGAGAGUUUUCCUGGUUGCAAACAAAAAGAAACAUCCUUUCUUGCUGAAUCUGUACCAAUGCUUUCAAACUGAAAACAGAAUUUAUUUUGUCAUGGAGUAUAUCAGUGGAGGUGAUUUGAUGUGGCAUGUCCAGCAAAAAAAAUUCUCUUUGAGGAGGGCUCAAUUCUAUGCUUCUGAAAUUCUACUGGCUUUGAAGUUCUUGCACGACAAUGGUAUCAUUUACCGAGAUUUGAAAUUAGAUAACAUCAUGCUGACCACGGAAGGCCACAUCAAAUUGGCUGAUUAUGGUUUGUGCAAGGAAAACAUGUGGUUUGGAAACAAGACGAGAACUUUCUGUGGUACUCCGGAAUUGAUGGCCCCCGAAAUCAUUUCUGGAGAACAGACCUAUGACAAGGCUGUUGACUGGUGGGCGUUUGGUGUGCUAUUAUAUCAAAUGAUCUUGACCAAAACACCCUUCAAAGGUGACGAUGAAGAGGAAGUUUUUAAUGCUAUUUUGACCGAUGAACCGCUUUAUCCAAUAAGUAUGUCGAAAGAAGCUGUCGACAUUAUUCAAAAGUUGUUGACGAGAGAUGCCAAACUUAGAUUAGGUUCUAGUGAGAGGGAUGCAGAGGAGAUCAUGGAGCAUCCCUAUUUUGCAGAUGUCAAUUUCAAUGACAUUUUCAAUAUGAAGGUUACCCCUCCUUACAAACCCGACGUGAGCGAUCCUAGAGAAGCCAAAUGCUUUGAGGAAGAGUUCACCUCUCAGGCUGCCAAGUUGACACCGGUUAACAGUGUUUUGUCUCCUAAGCUGCAGGAGAUGUUCCGUGGAUUCACAUAUUCCUGUGAUGACGAGUAA